GUCGCCCUUCAUCCUUUGCGGAUAGACCGGCGACGAGCACGCCUUCGUUUUCUGGACACAUCUCGGCUGUGAUCCCUCCCCAGCAAAUCUUGUUUCCGGGGCAGUGGGAGGACACUUGCAGGGCAGCGGCUCCCCGAGCACCCCCCAAACGGUUCUCGAUGUGACUCCCACCCAGGAUGCACCAUGUCUCCCCGGCACCGGCUCUGAUGAUGAUGGCCACCCAGACAGUGCCCCCUCCUCCCUACCAAGACACCCCACAGAUGACGGCCACAGCCCAGCAGCCCACCAAGGCACAGCCCGUGCAUCUCGCCACACCGGCGGCGGCCGCCAACGCGCCGGUACCUGCCGCGGCCGGCGACCCCCAGGCACAGCUGGAGGCCGACAAGCGAGCCGUCUACAGGCACCCGCUGUUCCCACUGCUGACUCUGCUCUUUGAGAAGUGCGAGCAGGCGACACAGGGCUCCGAGUGCAUCACCUCAGCCAGCUUCGACGUCGACAUCGAGAACUUCGUCCACCAGCAGGAGCAGGAGCACAAGCCCUUCUUCAGCGAUGACCCUGAGCUGGACAACCUGAUGGUGAAGGCGAUCCAGGUGCUGCGCAUCCACCUCCUGGAGCUGGAGAAGGUCAACGAGUUGUGCAAGGACUUUUGCAACCGCUACAUCACCUGCCUCAAAACCAAGAUGCACAGUGACAACCUACUCAGGAACGACCUGGGGGGGCCCUACUCCCCCAACCCCUCCUCCAUCAGCCUCCACCCCCAGGAGAUGCUGCAGAGCUCACCCGCGGCGCUGCCGCCCGCCUCCAACCCGCCGCCGGGCAUCGUGGUGCCGGCGGCCGCGCUACCGCCAGGCAACUUGGCCAUGAGCGCCGGCAGCAGCUCACCCGCCGUGCCAGGUGGAGCCUUGUACCAGCCCGUGACGAUGGUGACGUCACAGGGCCAGGUCCUCGCCCAAGCCAUCGCCCCCGGUGCCCUGCAGAUCCCCAACGCCCAGGUGAACCUGGAUCUCACCUCCCUCCUCGACGGUGAGGACAAGAAGUCCAAGAACAAGCGGGGCGUCCUGCCCAAACACGCCACCAACAUCAUGCGCUCAUGGCUCUUCCAGCAUCUCAUGCACCCCUACCCCACAGAGGACGAGAAGAGGCAAAUCGCCGCCCAAACCAACCUGACCCUCUUGCAAGUCAACAACUGGUUCAUAAAUGCCCGGCGGCGCAUCCUGCAGCCAAUGCUCGACGCCAGCAACCCGGACCCAGCCCCCAAAGCCAAGAAAAUCAAAUCUCAGCACCGGCCCACCCAGCGGUUCUGGCCCAACUCCAUCGCCGCUGGGGUCCUGCAGCAGCAGGGUGGCAAUUCGGGGACAAAUCCUGACGGCUCGCUCAGCAUGGACAACCUGCAACCCCUCUCGUCAGCCACGGCCACCAUGGCCAUGCAGCAGGCCAUGCUGGCGGCCCACGACGACUCCCUUGACGGCACUGAAGAAGAGGAGGAGGACGAGGAGGACGAGGACGAGAUGGAGGAGGAGGAAGAAGAGGAGGAAGAGCUGGAGGAAGAGCCUGGUGGCCUCCCGGCGGCACCCGGCGCCGACCUCGGCUUGGACCACAGUGACUCACUGGAAUAGCUCCUCCUGCGCCCUCCCCAAAUCAUUGACAGCACCGGAAACAAAAUUCCCCCCAAAAUGCCAAAAAAACCGGCAAGAACAAAAACAAAAUUCGUGAGAAAAAAGCAAAUUGGAGGCGCUGGCGGACGCCCCGGCUGCCCAUGGGAGCGCAGGGAUCACCACGUCAGCGUGUGGAAGUGAAGGACACAUGUUUACAAGGCACAUAUUGUGGCCAGAUUAAUUUUUUUUUUCAGGUUUUAUUCUUAUUUUUCCCUUUUCCCCUUCAUUUUCGGUAAGAGAAAGCAUUUUUAGGGGAAGCCAUUUUCCCCACGCGAUGCUCGGAUGGUGUUGGGUGACAGCGGGUUUUCACCGUGGGCCACUGUGUCCAUCACUUGGAUUUCUUGGUGCAAAAAAAAAAACCCAAACCAACCCGAGGACUGAUGCUUUUUGGGUUUUUCCCCCCAAAAGAUGAUUCACAGGCAUAUCGGCAUGCGGGGAAAAAAAUCUGCGAGUGCAAAUUCUGCUUCAGGUUGGAUCUGAGGAGGGUUUCGUGCUCUUGACCCACCGGAUUGCCCAAACCUCCCCGUUUUGGCCCCGAUGCUGCGGCUGUUUGGUGACUCCGGAUGCAUCUUUCUGGAAAAGGGAGGAAAUUCCCCCAAAUCCUUUAAUUUAUGUGCUAAAACCCCGUCGAAUCUGGAAAAAAAAUCACCCCAUCCUCGUCCUUAAGGGCUGAGACUGGACGCAGAGUUGGGGGCAGAGGCUGUCGGGAGUGAGACUUUCCCACGGCGUUUUGGCACCGAGUCAGGAAAAAAGGGGGGAAAAAAAGGGUUUAAAAAAAAGCAGAUUUUCACCCCAAAUCGAAUGGCGACCCCCAAGAUUCGCCCCGGUGGAAGGAAACUCAAUAUUGUCGCUGGAAAGAUGGUUUCUCCCUGAUAUUGUCCACCCGCGUGGGAAAAUGGUGGAGUUUUACCCCAAAGGAGCCAUGGGGGAGGGCGGCUCUGCAAAAUAACAAUGUAUUUGGGGUUUUUUUUUUUUAAAUGCUAGCAAAAGGGCGAAUUUCGCCUUAAAACGUGGCGCGGGGGAAACGCAAAAGCAA